UGGAAUAUUUGUAAUACUCAUCAUUCAUAUAGUUGUUCAAUCUAUUGAAAUAACAUUAACUCAUUGUACUACCAAUGACAUAUUUCCUCGUCUGGAAACUCCAUUUUAUAAAAUUUAUGACGCUCUUAUUGAAUGUGGAACACGGCCGUCAGAAAGCUUUUGUUACUGUCAAUUUAUAUCUAUUAAUACGUGGUGUCUUCUGUUAGUAGUCAUUUCUAUUGGGAUUCAUUUGAAAAUUAUUGUUUCUUUACUCUUUGUAUUUCAUAUAUGUUUUCUUAUUGGAGGAACUGUACUUAAAGUUCCUUAUUUUUGGACGACGAUGGUACCUCAAACAUUUUAUUAUACAACUGUCUUAUUAUUCACCUAUUCUGUGUUUUUCGAAAUUGGUAGCGAAAUUUGUCGUAUUAGGCAACAGCCUAUUCAAGGAUUGAAAUAUUUACCUACGUUUUUUUUUUCUUACAUUGAGCAACAAGCAUUACGUGAGGUUCCCAUGUCUAUAGUGAGAAAGAAUCUCUCAGGAGAAGAACACUUAUACAUUUUACUUCGAGCAACGCAAUCCAUUGCCACAAGAAAAGUCGCACUGGACUUUAUCAUACAAUCCCAUAGGAAAAGAUACAAGAGCGAUGAAAAAGAUUGUGUGUCUCAACUAUUUUAUCGAAACGCCGUAUUGUGGUAUCAUCUUGAUAGUUAUACGGGAAACAACUUACCAAACUUCAUUCAAUCACUUUCUCCUUCCUUCAAACUGUUACCUCAACAAAGGAAAUUAACAAGUUAUUUCAAUUCGGUGUCACAUACAUAUACAAUAAGUCAACAAAGUGAUUUACAAAUAAAUAAAGAAAAAUACAGUCCAAUGUCUACUACACAGCAACGGGAUAUCAUUACUGAAGCAGGUUCACAUUGGAAUAGUCCGCGUAUUAUGAAAACAGCUGCGGAAAACAUAUCCGCUAGGAUUCGUUCUCAGGUCAAUCGGGUUUACUUUCAAAAAGAUUCAAACUCAAUUUUAAAAGAAGAGUGCCAAAUGAUCUCGACCGGAAAACGUUAUUUUUGCACUCCAAAGCUGAAUACCGCAAAUCCCUGUGCUUAUUCUGAAUGUCUGACACCAUGUUUAACAGAUUCUAGUUUUUCCGAUAAUGAAAUAAAUGACAAUAAUUUAUCGAUUGCUACACAACAACUUAAAUCCUAUGAACCAUUAGACCCAUUAUAUCUUUCAGAAACAGUACAAACGUUAGGGGAAGAAUUAGAUUUAUCAAAUAGUUUCCAAAGCAGCCUAUGGAAUGAUUCAAAUAUCAGUGUCUCAGAAAAACAACAAAGUGAGACACUCUUUCUAGAUGGUAUCUCAGAUUUUGGUAAAACGAAACACAGAGAUAGAAUUCAACCAGAAUAUACAUUACCACAUAUCGGCGUAGACUCUUCUUCAAUGCAGUCUGCAUUGUCGGAACGUUAUAGUUUUAUAAAACCUAAAAAAACAUAUGUCAAUUCAACAAAAAUUCAUGAACAGAUGCGUCAUCAAGCUAAUCUAUAUGAUCAAAUGCUUAAAAAAACAAUCAAACAUCACUCGAUCCCUAUUACUGCUAAUAAAUACUUUUUUAGACCCAAUUACACAAGAUUUAAAUUAACGAAACUCUUCAACAAAUUUCUAGGUCGCGCAUCAUUUCGGCUACGUGGUAUUGAUAGUAUUAUGUGUAAUGCUCAAUGGCGUCAUACGAUUGCUAUACCAAAAUGUUAUAUUUUUGGAGACUUUGUUGACAGAAAAAUAGAACGUUGGUUUCUAUCUUGGUUAUCGUUUUUACAGGCCCAGCAACAAACCAAACGUCGAUCGACGACUUCAAUUCUUCUUUUCUCAAAUUUUUUUGUAGGCUUGCUACGUUUCUAUACUCUUUUGUCAAAAAACUCAAAUGGAAAAAAUGUGCUCUCAAAUGCUUCCAACCGCAAUUAUUUAUUUUAUUUUAUUUCGAAAUUCUUUUUUCAAAUUUUUUUAACCUCAAUUUUACUAUACUUUCAAGAUCCCAAAUAUUUAAAAGCGUCUUUUAACGCUCAUGCAUUUAAAAGAUAUUCUUUGUUUAUGGGAAUCAUCAAUUCAGGUUUUCCUUUACUUGACGCCUAUGUUGAACAAGUACUUUUUCCUGAGUAUCCAGUAACGUUUUCUCAGAUUCUCUAUUCCAGUAUAACAUUUCCUACAUUGUCACAAACCAGUGUGACUACCAACGUUGUUUUUUGCGCUGUCUUAUUAGUAUGCCUUUACUAUGGCUUCUGUUCUCACAAUGCAACCAUGUCAACUCACUUAUCGUAUAACAUCUCUGUCAUAUACAUUGGAUUUUUAAUGAGCGUCUUUGUUCUAUAUAUAUCAAGGUGUAUCAUGACAAAUUAUCGCUUUCUUUUUUGCCAUUACGUGCUGCCAUACUUACUUUAUAUUGACGCCCUACAACCAAUUGGUGAACCAUGUACAAAUGACGAGAUUAUGCAGGUGGUAUCAUGUGACUAUUAAAAGAAACUGGAUUCGGUUUGAUGGAUUAAGUUAUACAGACGAGUCUACUUUUCAUUCUUCAAGCCGAAACCCACUCGAUUUAUUGUUUAUCCAUCUACUAAUGUUGAGUGAUGUUGACACAACAUAUUAUUAAAUCAACAAAUUGUACUAUUCUCAACACCCAUUUGUCUAGUUCGUUUUGCUUUCAAUACAAAAAUUAUGGUAGAACAAAAAAUUGAAUCAUUAUUUUCAGGUGUUUUUGUAUUGUUUACAUGAAAACAAUUUCAUAUGUAAAAUAAAAGCAAUUUAAGUAAAUUGAAAAAGAAAGAUUUAUUUCUAAAAAAACAACUGGUGCAAUUCAAAAGAACAUAAGA